AUGUUGCAAGCUUGCAAAAUGGAAGGAUUUCCCCUCAUUCCCCCUCAACCCUCUGAAGAUAUGGUACCCUAUGAGUCAGACCUCUACCGACAGCCCCAUGACUAUUACCAGUAUCUCAACAGUGAUGGAGAGAGUCAUGGUGAUCAUUACUGGGAAUAUCAUCCACACCACAUGCACAGUGAGUUUGAGACCUUUGGAGACAACCACUUCACAGAACUGCAGAGUGUACAGCCUCCCCAGCUGCAGCAGCUCUACAGGCACAUGGAGAUUGAACAAAUGCAUGUCUUGGAUUCUGCAAUCCCAACUACACAUAUUGGACUCAACCAUCAGGUUUCCUAUUUGCCCCGGAUGUGCCUACAGUACUCCUCUCCACCGCAGCCCAGUUCUGAUGAGGAGGACAUAGAGAGGCAGAGCCCGCCACUGGAGGUAUCAGAUGGGGAGACCGAUGGUGUGGACCCUGGGCCUGGAAUUAUGCAUGGUGAAACAGGCAGCAAGAAAAAGAUACGUCUGUAUCAGUUCCUUCUGGACCUUCUUCGCAGUGGAGACAUGAAGGACAGCAUCUGGUGGGUGGACAAGGAAAAAGGUACUUUCCAGUUCUCCUCCAAACACAAAGAAGCAUUGGCACACCGCUGGGGCAUCCAGAAAGGCAAUCGCAAGAAAAUGACUUACCAGAAGAUGGCACGGGCUUUGAGAAACUAUGGCAAGACAGGGGAGGUCAAGAAGGUCAAGAAGAAGCUGACCUACCAGUUUAGUGGAGAGGUGAUGGGAAGGGGGGUCACUGAUAGGAAGCAUUAUCCUCAUUGAGGCCAUGGGACCCUAAGCAAGAAAAAUAUUAAGACCUCCAGGCUGGAUACCAGCAGAGUAGAUGGACGCAUCUUUCUCUUUGCUUCCUGUGCCCCCUUCUCUGCCUUUAAAGGGCCUUUGCCGUCAGAUGUUUCUGGUACGAAUUCCCUUCUUCAGCAUCUGAGAAUCCUAAACGUGACAGAAUUCUUUGCUUCCAUCCUACAAGUUGGACAGAGUUGGGAAAUUUAAACAAUGUACAAAUACA